CAUACCUCAACGUACCAAAACUCACAAUUUUUUUUUAAAAUUCAUUUAUGGGACCCAAACCCUUUCGUCUUUCUCUAGUUUACCGUUAGCCCUCAAACCCUUUCUUCUUCUUCUUCACCUUAUCAACUGAACCAUACAGAAAAAAAUCACUCUGAAAUGGUCAAUUUCUUCUUUGUUUUUAAGAGCUUUUGUUGACUUACUCCACUCAGCUUUCUUGAUUUGUUUAAAAUUCUGAAAAAAAGAUCUUAUUUUUCUGUAAUUUCUUAAUUUUCAAGAAGUGGGGUUGUUGAGGAAUUUCAGGUUUGAAUCCUGACUCAAUCUACUCAGCUUUCUGGAUUUGUUAUUUUCUUGAAAAUUCUGAAAAAAAAGGUGUUAUCUUUUUAUAAUUUCUGAAAUUUCAAGAUUUGGGGUUGUUGAGGAAUUUCAAGUUUUAAUCUUGACUCAAUUUAAUAUCUGAAGAAGGUCUUAAUUUCAAGAUUAUGGCAGCAUUAGCACCUGGGAUUUUGUUGAAGUUAUUAAAUGGGAUGAAAUCAGGGGUGAAACCUACAAGUGAACAUAGGAGUUCACUUUUGCAGGUUACUGAUAUUGUUCCUGCAGAUCUUGAUGAGAAGAAUUUAUGGCCAAAGCAUGGAUUUUUCAUCAAGGUAUCGGAUUCUUCGCAUUCCAUUUAUGUAAGUCUUCCAGAUGAGCAAGAUGAUUUGGUUUUAAGUAAUAAAAUGCAGCUAGGACAGUUCAUUUAUGUAGAUAGAUUAGAGCCCGGUUCGCCUGUUCCUGUUGUUAAAGGUGCUAAGCCUCUUCCUGGGAGGCACCCUCUUGUGGGAACUCCAGAACCAUUAAUGGGGUUGAGAGAAAAAGGCGAGAAAGUUGAACGAAAAUUCAAUCAAAGUCAGUCAGCUCCUAGAAGGGGUUCUUGGGGAACAGGCCAAAAUGGGGUUGAAGCUGUUGCUUCAUCUCCUCAAGUUUUGAAGCCAGUUCCUAUUGAUUUCGAUCAAUGUACACCGAUAAAAGAGAGGUCUAGUGCUGUCAAAUUUGCGCGAAUUAUUCCUAUGUCACCUCUUAUUCGGGGAAAAUUCUCCAAAGAUGGAGGAGCUAGUGGUGGGAUGGUAAGGUCAUCAGCCGGUGGCGCGUUGUUGUCUAAAUUGAUGGAAGCUAAAGGGGAAAGUCCUUCUAUGGUGAGAAAAAGUUGUGCUACCCCUAGCAUGAUGAAAUUUCCAAGGAGCAAAAGUGUAACAGAUCGCGAUCGAGAACAAAGAAUUGUCAAUUCACCUUUAAACUCAGCUACACAGGAGAAGAAAAGUUCAACCCCACCACCUAGUUUACGGAGUGCACGAAUGGCAGCUUCACCAACAGUAGGCAGAGACUCUCAAAGACUUCCCAAUUCGAAAAAAUCGUCUCUAGAACAACAACAAUCCCAGCCUAUUGAUUCUCUACCUCAUGACAACACCAGUCUGACUUGCAAUCUGCCUGGAAAACUUAGUAUGUUGGGAAAGGAAGCUGUACAACAAAGGGAAAAUGCACAGAGAAUUGCUCUUCAAGCACUAAGGGAUGCAUCAGCUACAGAAAAUCUCGUGCGGUCUCUAAAGGUGUUUUCGAACUUGAGUAGAGCUGCGAAACCUGAUGCACCAACAGCCUGUUUUGAUCAAUUUAUUGAGUUUCAUGAACAACUUGUGCAAGCUGUGGCAGAAAUGGUAUCCAUUCAAUCAGCAACAGCUUCAAGCGAAACGUCACAAACUCCAAAAGCUGAACAAGAGAAUGGCGUUGCCCCUAUUCUACACGAAAUAGUGCAGAAUUCAUUGGAAGAAUCACGAGACAGUGAAUCAAAUGCAUCGAAGAGGAGAGCUGCACUUUACAAAUCCAUUGCAGUCUUUCCUGAAAGGAGUGAUCAAAAGUCAAUUCUUGGAAAGCAUUUGAGAUCAACAUCAAAGGCAAUAAAAGGAGUAUUAAACACUAGCAUAAAUGAGAACGACGAGAACAAGAAGCCUGCUUCUACUUCGAUAAGCAGCAGCAUUUCCAAUACAAUCAAAUUGGGAAAACAGAUUGAGAGUGAAUCAGGAAGUUGGUUUAUGGAUUUUCUUGAAAAGGCACUGGAGAAAGGGCUGAAAAAGGCUAAAGGAAAAGUAGCAUCAGACUCUUCAAGCAAAGUCCCUCAAUCACUCUUGCUUAAAGUGAUCAAUUGGGUAGAGGUGGAACAGUUUGAUUCGAAUAAACGUGCUAUUCAUCCUAAAGCAGGACAAAUUGCUAGAAAGUUGAGGAUCAAGGUCAAGAAUCCCUGAGAAAAGCAGUAUUCCUUCUGUUUAAGAUACUCAGAUUUAUUGUAUUUGUAUCAAUCAUUCUUUGAUAAGUUUGUGGAGACUCAUGUUUUAUUUACCCCUUUCUGUCAUCUGGUAUGAUUACAAGUUAAUUUGUUUACUUGCUUAUUCACAUAAGUUAUUGCUAUAGAAGAAGGUUUUCUGUAACAUGGAGAAUCCUAAGUGUCCUUUUAAUCGAGGGUCUACUGGAAACCGCCUCUGUACACCAGACCCUCCAAGUGGGACUACACAAUCUUAGCUAAUAAUCACCAAUGUAUUUACUUC